CAGUCUGCUGUGUGGCGCCUUCAGGUAGGAUGGAGAUGGGACCUUGUGUGGUUCUGUUCGCCGUGCUGACAACUGUGUUCGCUCAGAGCAGCUGCCCUCCAGGCUCAUUUCGGGAUAUUCACACUGACCAGUGUAAAAUUUGCCCAGCAACAACGUACACAGACCAGCCGAACAACAACAGCCAGUGCAAGAGGUGCCACAUGUGUACAGGAGGUCAAUUUGAAAUCCUACAUCCCUGCUUGGCGACCGCCAACACCGUCUGUGGUUGUAAACAGGGCUUCAUGUGUACAAGGAGUGAUUGUAAAUCUUGCAAGCCCCAAAGGAAGUGUAAGAAAGGACAGGAGGUAACACAAAAAGGCAAUUCAUUUAAGGAAACCCAGUGUAAGGACUGUGAGAACGACAUGUACUCUGAUACAGAGGAUGGUGUCUGCAAACCCUGGACAGACUGUUCAGCAAAAGGUCUCCAGGUGGUGCGGAAUGGCUCCAGGACGGAGGAUGUAACGUGUGGGUCUUUCCCUACAGUGGCGACAACCAGCCAAGGAAGGGGCAAAUACAGAACUCUGAUACCAUCAGACCAUCCGAGGAACAAAGACAACAAGAACGAUGGGAUAGUUGCAAUUAUUGCCAUUAUAUUGCUGCCGUGUGUCUUCAUUCCAUUCAUGCUGUUCAUGAUGGCACAGUCCAAGAGAAAGCAGGACCCUGACCAACUGGUUGUGAAAAACAUUGAGGAUUUUCCGUUGACCUUUACGGUGCCAAAGGACAUCGACGUGUGCAGCUGUCACUCUCCAGAAGAGGAGACUGGAGACUGGCAGCUCCGGCAAGAGACUACUCCCAAACCUCCGGAGUGACCCUGCCAACACCCUGAAGCAGGGUCAGGGACUUUGAAAUGAUUGGGGCAGCAUUACUCAGCACAAUAAUGAAACACAAGGUUAAUAACCUUCAGUCUACAUUUCACUCUCAGCUUGCAACUUCCCAGAAAGAAUUGGUUCAAAAUACUUUGCAAAGCAGAUUCAAAUUGCUACAGACAAUAACUCUGUAGGAUUGAAAAUAAUAUCAUACACAGUCAUGGAUGGCUCCUCCACCCACCGGCCCUCAAUUUCUGUCCGUUUCUAAGAUUAUGAUGUUUAAAAUGAUUCUUAUGAAAGACAUGCUGUAAAUUAUGUUUCUUUCUGCAUGAUCAAGUCUGAUGGCGAACUGUUAAGUAACAGCUACAGUACAUUCAGAAGAUUCAGGGAAAGAUGAGAAUAUUUUACUCACCCUCUUCUGAUUGAUAGCAAACUGCUGGAGAAGGCAUCGAAGGCAAAUGCAAUGUUAGCAUUCAUUUGAAGGGGACUAGAGUAUAGAAGCAAGGAUGUAAAGCCAAGGCUUUACAAGUCAUUGGUCAGACCACUCUUGGAGUAUUGUGAGCUGAAUUGGGCCCUUACUUAAGUAAAGAUGAGCUGGCAUUGGAGAGUUCACUCGAACGGCCCUGGGAAUGAGAGGGUUAACGUAUGAGGACUGUUUGAUGGCUCUGGGCCUGUAUUCACUGGAGUUUAGAAGAAUGCUGGGGGCGGGGGAGGAUCUCUAUUUGACCUAUCAAAUAGUGAUAGGCCUAGAUAGAGUGAACGUAGAGAGAAUGCUUCUAAUAGUGAGGGCGGGUUGGAUGUCCUAAGUCUACUCCUAUGUCUUGUGGUCUUAUGCCUUCUGGUAUUGUCAAGGGAGAAUUUUUCAGAGUUAUGGUUCCAGGAGUGGGAAUAAUUAUGGAGUUGGUUCAAGAGGCUGGCUGAAGGAAGGAAUGGAUAAGGUUGAUAAAGUGGGUGUCAGAUGAUAAGGGAGGGGGGUGCAGCAGCCCAAUGGAGCCAUCAUGAUUAUGAGAAGCAUUAAUAGAAUGAUACGGUUUUCCCCAGGGUGGCAAACACUGAUGCCAGAGGACAUACUUUUAAGGCGAAUUGAGGAAGGUUUGGAGGAGAUGCCAGAGAUGUGUUUUUUUUUAAUAUACAGAAAGUACUAAAUGCCGGGAGUACAUUGCUGGGAGUGCUGAUAGAGGCUGAUACAUUAGGGAUACUAAAGAGACUUCUCGGUGGGCACAUAGAAGAUAGAAACAUGAGUGCUGUGGGGUAUGUAGGAGGGAGGGAUUAGAUUAAUCAUGGAGUAGGUUUAUUUUGGUUGGCAUCUUGUGGGCUGAAGGGCCUAAGGUACUCUCUGUGUUGUAGCAGAGAAAAGUGAGGCUCUUGGUAUUUAAGAUGAAGCUCUAACAUCCUGCCUUACAUCAUACAAACUGUCUGUUGUGUUGAGGCUGGUAUUCUGGAGGUGGGAGAGAGAGAGCGGAGUCCUUGACUGCAGGAAAGAUUCAGUCAGUACAGGAAAGGGAGAGACAGAUCAUUAGAGAGGAUGUGGGAGUUGAGUCUGCUGUGGAGUGGAGAAAGAUAACUUUGAUCACUCUGUCUACUUUUUAAAUUUUAUUUUAAAAAUAGAUUUUAUUCAUAAUAAAAUAGCAUAUACAAAACCAGU